GUUGGACCCUGGACGCGUCUAGUUCCAUUCCGUACCCAUACAAAAAACGUUACCUUUCCUUUUCGGCCAUGAAUUGGGCCAUCUCGAAUCUAACGGGCGGCAAUCGGGUGAGUCGGGCCAUCCUCGUGCGCUAUUCCUCAGUGCCCUUGGCGGAUGAUGGCAGCACCUCAUCGACGACACCAGCGGCGACCACACCACGCUCAUCCACAUCGCACUCCUCGCUGUCGUCCACGUUUGCAGCCACCUUUGCUCGCCAUGUGCCGCGCCAGCAAAACAACAACAGCAGCGGCAGUGGGAACAACAAUAAUCACAACAAUAACAACAGCACCAGCAAUAAUAAUAAUAGCAACAAUAUCGGCCACAAGGGACAAUCAAAUGUGGCGACCAAUGUGGGCGGCGUUGUGGCAGCUGGGGGCGGGGCAAGUGGAUCUGCCAGCAGCAAUUCAUCCACACAGCUGUCGCUGCCCCUUGAUGUGGAGGAGACGGUCACCUGUUUCUGUCGAAAAGCGCGUCGCAAAGAGCGCGAUGGCGAUCAAAAUUCAACAGAUACCAAAUUGUAUUUGGAGGAGAGCGUCCUAGAACGUAAACUACCUGAAGCUGAUCUCAAAGCCCUUGUCGAUCUUCCAGCUGGCUUGGACUACAACGAAUGGCUGGCCUCACACACUCUGGCUCUCUUCGAGCACGUGAACUUGGUCUAUGGAACUAUUAGUGAAUUUUGUACACAAUCCGGUUGCGCAGACAUGACCGGACCAGGCAACAGAACGUACUUAUGGUUCGAUGAGAAGGGCAAGAAGACGCGGGUUGCGGCGCCGCAGUAUAUUGACUAUGUGAUGACCUUCACACAGAAGACGGUCAGCGAUGAGUCGAUAUUUCCAACCAAAUACGCGAACGAAUUCCCCGGAUCGUUCGAGUCGAUAGCCCGCAAAAUUUUACGCUUGCAAUUUCAUGUGAUAGCGCAUCUGUAUGCGGCGCAUUUCAAAGAAAUCGCGCUGCUCGGCUUGCACACCCAUUUAAAUUUGACGUUUAUGCACCUCACGGCCUUGCAUCGCCGCUUCAAUCUGAUUGACGAGAAGGAGACGGACGUGCUGCGCGAUCUGGAGGUGACGUUGCGUCUCACCGACGACAACAGCGGUCAGGAUGCAGCCACACAAGCAACCGCAGCAACUGCAACAGAUGAGCAACAUCAGCAGCAGCAGCAGCAGCACAACAACAGCAGCAGCAGCAACAAUAGCCACAGCAACAACAGCCACAGCAACUCAUCCGCCGAGGCGGCGCUGCACGUCAAUUCACAACAACAUCAACAGCAGCAGCAGCAGCCACAGAGCAACAACACAACAACAGCAACAGCUGGAGCAGGAACAUCGCUGAUUGAUGGCGAUGCGGCUGCGACGCCAAUUUGUACGCAACCCGAGGCUGGAGCAGCGGGUAAACCGCCGCUGGGCAGCGGUGGAUUGCUUGGCGGGAUACUGGGUGACUUGACCAGCGGUGAAUUUGGUGAUACAACACGGUACUGCACCUCGGCGGUUCCUUUGUCGGCGCCCAGCAGCGAUGCAGCGACAGCAAACGGUGGCGGUGCAUUACAUUUACAUUUUAGCAACAAUAACAGCAACAAUCACAAUUUGAAUCAUCACCAUCACCAUCAUCCACAUCACCAUCACCACCACCAUCAUCAUCAGCAGCAUCUGCAGGGAGCGGCAACAACGCAGCACAGCGGCCUCAUCCAAUGCAAUGCAUCGCCAGGCGUCGUCAAUACCAACAACACCAACAGCAGCAGCACUAGCAACAAUAGCAGCAGCAGCAACACGACAGCAACCACAUAGUGUGACCGCGGCAUCAGCAGCAGCAGCAACAACCACAACAACCAACAACAACAACAAAACAAAAACAAAAGAACAUUAGAAAUAUUAGAAUUACGCAAAAAUGUUAUUUAAUGUUAUUACUUCUAUGAUCCUAAAGUUGAAAAUAUUGUAAAAAUAAACAACAAAAAAAUACACAAAAAAAAAACAAUGCAAAGAAAAUGAAAAGCAACACAAUUAUCGAUAAUCGACUAUCGAUUUACAGUUGAUAGUUGCGUAGUUCCAUAGAGCACACACAACACACAUUGUUCACUUUCUCUCUCCACAGAUAGAAACUAGAGGGAGAGAGUAAGCUUAGACACUGAGACAGACAGACAGAGAAAGAGAGAGAGAGAGAGAGAGAUAGAGAGACGCUAAGCUUUAUAAAGUAUUACCUGCCCCUCAACACCCACUCAAAAAUCCCCAUCACAAAAUACGGUUGAUAGUUAGGCAUAGCCUAAAAGGGCCACAAAUAAACAAAAACAAAAAACAUAAUGAAAAGCACUUGACUAAGAUAUAAUAUACAAAAUUGUUGCAGUACACACAAAGCACGGUCACACUGUCAGCUUCAACAAAACUACAUAGCAAAUAAUCCAAGCAAAACUACUUUGACUAUAUGUAUGCAUCUAUCGCUCUAUCGAUAUCGAUAUAAAUAUUACCUCAGACCUAUUUCAAUGUGCUUCAUCCCAAAAGUAUUUGUCAUUUAUUUUGCAAUUAAAAAAAAACUAAAACACAAAAAAAAAAGAAAUUGAAAACUCUUUGGCCUUAAACUAUUUGUCGUCAAUUUUCGAAAAAGAUUUUCUAAACAAAAAAAAAUAAAGGUUGAGAAUUGUUUAAAUUAGAAGAAAUCCAAAGCUGCGCACAUUUAAAUUAUUAUUUUGACCUGAUAAAGCAGGAAUGAAAUGAAGUACAUUGUGUAUAUAAAUAGUGCUCACUUCUCGUUCUUCUUAUCUGCAAAAUUGUUUAUUAUAUUUAUUUUUUUUGUUGAGGUUAGUUUCAUAUCUGAACAGCUUUUGGCCUUGAACUUAGCCACUUGAACUCUGCGUUAUAUUUGCCUCGCCAACUUCUGCUCUUAACUGCCCCUUUUAUCCUUCACCGAGAAUAUUGCACCAGUUUUUUAGCAUAGCAAAUGUAUGAGAAAACUUAUAUAAAUUAUGUUCAAACUGCAAAUGAAAGUAACGACUUGACAUACCAAAGGCAAUGAAGCUAAUUUACUUUAAACUAAAAAACAAAACAAAAAAUUACACAAAAAAAAAAAGACAAAAACUAAUGGAAACUAUUAAAAAGAAUUAAAUAAAAGUUCAGUGUAUAUUA